AUGUCCGUGUCAGGGCUCAAGACCGAGCUGAAGUUCCUGGCGUCCAUCUUCGACAAGAACCACGAGCGAUUCCGCAUCGUCAGUUGGAAGCUGGACGAACUGCACUGCCAGUUCCUGGUACCCCCGGCGCCGCUGGGUAGCCCGCACUCACCGCAGCUGCCGCUCACACUCCACUGCUACAUCACGGAAUCUUACCCAUCUUCUUCACCAAUAUGGUUUGUGGACUCCGAUGACCCAACUCUGACAUCAGUUCUGGAACGUCUAGAAGAUACUAAGAACAACAAUUCGCUUUAUCAUCCACUACCCACGGGUCAGAAUGGAAUAACAGAAGAAGUGACUUCAGAAGAAGAGGAGGAAGAAGAGAUGGCCGAAGAUAUAGAAGACUUUGAUCAUUAUGAGAUGAAGGAAGAAGAGCCUAUCAGUGGGAAAAAUUCAGAGGAUGAAGGAAUUGAAAAAGGAAAUUUGGCAAUAUUAGAGAAAAUUAGGAAGACUCAAAGGCAAGACCAUUUAAAUGGUGCGGUGUCUGGGUCAGUGCAAGCUUCAGAUGGACUUAUGAAAGAGCUCAGGGAUUGUAUAUACAGAUCACAGAGUUAUAAAACAGGGAUUUAUUCAGUGGAACUCAUAAAUGACAGUUUAUAUGAUUGGCAUGUUAAACUGCAGAAGGUUGACCCUGAUAGUCCGUUGCACAGUGAUCUUCAGAUCUUAAAAGAAAAAGAAGGCAUAGAAUACAUUUUGCUUAACUUCUCUUUUAAGGCUAACUUUCCCUUCUAUCCUCCAUUUGUUCGAGUGGUAUUACCUGUUCUCUCAGGAGGGUAUGUGUUGGGUGGAGGAGCAUUAUGUAUGGAACUUCUCACAAAACAGGGCUGGAGCAGUGCCUAUUCAAUAGAAUCGAUCAUCAUGCAAAUAAAUGCCACCUUAGUCAAAGGCAAGGCCAGAGUGCAGUUUGGAGCAAAUAAGAAUCAAUAUAAUCUAGCAAGAGCCCAACAGUCCUAUAAUUCCAUUGUACAGAUACAUGAGAAAAAUGGCUGGUACACUCCUCCAAAGGAAGAUGGCUAAAAUAUGUUGACUAUCAUAUGUUUGGACCAAUGUUGCUUUAAAGAAAAUCUUCCCAACAUGCAGAUACAAGCUUUGAGUGCCCUUAUAACAGCAGUACCGAAGAUGU